AUGGCGAAAUUCGAGGUUCCUCCGGGCGCCACGGCGCAAGUUCGCAUCAUCGACAGCAGCACACGGAUGACAUUCCCGCCGUGGAUGUUCAUAAAGCCAAAAUGGCCAGGAUUCGACCUCCUGAAGCAGCUUCCGAGUUGGAGUUUCCUGGUCGAGCACACAUCGGCAUCGGGAAAGCACUCCAAGCUUGUGUUCGACUUGGGAAUGCCCAAAGACUGGGCGAAUAUGGCACCGGUCAUCUCUGAGCAGCUCAAAGCCCACCCUUCCGCCUUCCAAGUCACACACGACGUUUCGGAAAUCCUGGAGAAUAAUGAUGUGAAGCUCAAUGAGGUCAACUGGAUUGUGUGGUCACACUGGCACUCUGACCACAUCGGGGACCCCGCGCUGUUUCCCCCCGAGACCACCUUGGUUGUCGGCCCAGGCUUCAAGGAGAACCUGCUGCCCGGCUACCCAGCCAACAAAGAGUCAAGCAUCCGCGAGUGUGACUAUACUGGCCGCGAGCUGUAUGAACCGAGCUUCACGGACUUGAAAAUUGGCGACUUUGACGCCAACGACUUCUUCGGCGACGGCAGCUUCUACUUACUGAGCGCGCCCGGCCACACGGUUGCGCAUCUUGCCGCAUUAGUCCGCACGACAACGAACCCAGAUACCUUCAUCUUGAUGGGGGCUGAUACCUGCCACCACGGCGGGGAGGUUCGGCCCUCGCCAUAUUUACCGAUCCCAGCCGAGAUCACGCCGCAUCCCUUCCCCAGCCAGAGUGCCCUCAGCGUCUGUCCCGGGGCUAUAUUUGAGAAUGCGCUCCGCCGCCUCGAGCGACCGGUUGACGGUCCAUUCUUCGAUGCCGUGCAUGGCCACAGUCUGUCCGAUAUCGCCGAGACAAUAGCCAAAACUCAGAUUGCCGAUGCGGACCCCAACGUCUUCUUCAUCGCCGCCCAUGACGACACCAUCCAGGGCGUCGUUGACUUGUUCCCCAAGAGUGCUAAUGCCUGGAAGAAGCAGGGCUGGGCGGAGAAAGUCAAGUGGAAGUUUCUGAAGGACUUUGAACAGGCGGUGAAGGCGCAGAGCGAAUAG